GUACCAAUACUUAGUACAAGAGUACCGAAACAGGCAUGAAAAUUUCCCACCCUCCACUGUUAUGUUAAAAUUGCUAAGAGUGUUAUAACAGAGAAGAUCUCUUUAAUGCCACCGAAUAUCGUAAAUCCCUCUAGUAUUAAUUGAGUUCUUUUUUUCGUUUGCGUGCUUUUUCACUUUGUUACAAAAAUUAAUUGUAUUCUAUUCCCAAAUAAGACUAAGAUAAUAUAAAUCUCAAAUGGCGUCUGUAUCACAAAGCAAACGACAAAAAAUGUCCGAGCCACAAUGUGAGGAGGAUAUUGUACCGAUAAACUAUAAGGAAUUGGAUAUUAUUGGCACAGGCGCAUAUGGCACCGUUUAUCGGGCACGCGACAAUCUAACAGGCAAAUUCGUGGCCAUCAAGAAGGUGCGCAUCACACUCACGGAAAACGGAGUGAGUGCAUCGACGCUGCGAGAGAUUUCACUGCUCAAGCAGCUAAACACAUACGAUCAUGCGAACAUUGUCAAACUGUUCGAAGUAUGCCAGUUCUUGGAACGUGAUGGCAAAUUGUUGAUUCUGCUUAUUUUUGAGCACUUGGAACAGGAUCUAUCCGACUUGAUUGAAGCCUUGCCUCCAUGCGGCAUGUCGCCCCUAAACGUACAGCGUUUGGCUCGAGAGCUAUUAACCGGAGUGGACUUUCUGCAUGCCCAUCGGAUAAUUCAUCGCGAUUUGAAGCCCCAAAAUCUGCUCGUCUCGUCGCAGGGCCAUUUGAAAAUAGCCGACUUCGGCCUGGCCAAGACGUACGGCGCGGACAUGAAACUCACCUCCGUUGUGGUCACCCUAUGGUACAGGGCGCCUGAGGUGCUGCUCGCCCAGGGCUAUAACAGCACCGUCGACAUCUGGAGCGCAGCUUGCAUUAUCUUUGAGAUGAUCAAGCGUAAGCCGCUCUUCCCGGGCAACUCUGAGAAGGAUCAGCUGGAUCACAUCUUCCAACUGACUGGCCGUCCGACGGAGCAGCAGUGGCCAAAGAGCAUCUCCAUUUCCAGGGAACAUUUUCCAGAUCGCGCUCGCAAGCGACCCUCAGACUUUUGUCCGGGCCUAUGCGAAUUCGCUGAUGAUUUGUUGAAUCAAAUGCUUGCGUAUGAUCUGCAUCAGCGUCCCUCUGCGUUGGAGUGCUUGAACCACGCCUACUUCAAGAAGGAGCCACUAUGAAGGGUAUAUCAUGGCCCACAAAUCCAAGCGAAAUGCUGCAAUGUUCCUUUACUUUAUAUAUAAUUUUCUAGAUAUGUAUAUCUAAUAUUUUUUGUAUCUAUCCUUAUACAUAUAUGUAUAUAUUGUUAGUUGUAAAGAUAACUGCUGUAAAACGGAGCUCGAGAAUUGCGGGAUCCGAUCUAAAAUGUGAUACAUCAAGUUCAGGACUAGAGACAUGCUCAGGCAUAAUCCUAUAUAUAUAUAAAUAUUAUAUAUACCCCAUAUAAAUAAAUAAUUAUAUUCAAAAUUGCGCUGUUCGUAAUAAUUGUACAAUUUACCACAAUAUAUACAUACUUAUAUAUAUUUAUACAUAUACACAAAAUCUGUUUGUAAUCUUAAUGUUUAUGUUGUAAGCGCUUGAAAAUAAUGCAUUUAAUAAAAAAUCUAAAUUCAAAU